CUUCGCCGGGCGGGAUUUCCGCAAUAAUAUCAAGUAUGGCGAAAACAUACGACUAUUUGUUUAAAUUACUGUUAAUCGGCGACUCCGGUGUCGGGAAGACAUGCGUCCUGUUCAGGUUUUCAGAAGACGCCUUCAACUCAACGUUUAUCUCAACAAUAGGCAUUGAUUUCAAGAUUAGGACAAUAGAGCUUGACGGCAAGAAGAUAAAGUUACAGAUAUGGGAUACAGCAGGUCAGGAGCGCUUCCGAACCAUCACAACAGCCUACUACAGAGGGGCAAUGGGCAUCAUGCUUGUCUACGACAUCACCAACGAGAAGUCUUUUGAUAAUAUCAAGAAUUGGAUAAGAAACAUAGAAGAGCAUGCAUCAGCUGAUGUUGAGAAGAUGGUUCUUGGCAACAAAUGUGACAUCAAUGACAAGCGGCAGGUGUCCAAAGACAGGGGGGAGAAGCUUGCACUAGAGUAUGGGAUCAAGUUUAUGGAAACCAGUGCAAAGUCCAACAUCAAUGUGGAAAACGCAUUUUUGACACUUGCCAGGGACAUCAAAUCAAAAAUGGACACAAAAUUGGAGGGUAACACACCGCAGGGAAGCAGUCACGGAGUCAAAAUCUCAGAGCCUCCGAAAAAGACCAGCUUCUUCCGCUGUAGCCUACUCUGAGGACUGAUGCCUUCGAUACUGGCUGCCUGCUGGCUGGACAUAAAUGGACUGUGCUCACUCUUAGCACUUCCUUCCCCUUUCCUCUCUUUCUCCCCAACCACGGCCUGUCCUCCCCGUCCACGUAAACCAUUAUCCUCUCAGUAAGCAGAGGACUUCCCCUCCUCUCUUCCUCUUCUGAAAGCUUCCAGGGGUGCAUCUCUUCCAUUUUAAGGAGAUCUGUUGUCUUCAUGGGUCAGAGUGCUUGGUGGAGGACUCGGUCAGGAACAUUAUCCAGAUGUUCCAUUUCACACAAAAGACAGGCUCUUACUUCUGAUGUUAGUUUCUUUGUUCUGCGCACUCAUUUCACAUAGCUGGUAGCACAACCAAGGAUGGGCACUCAUUUAAUUUGUGUAGUUUGGGAUUGAAAUACAAAUGUGAUAUUUAGAUCUAUUUUUAAUAUAGCACUCUUUCCCUUUUUAUGUGACAAAUGUCAACCAGAGGCUGAUAGGCUUGAAUUCCAGUGAAACAGAGUUUGCACGUUUUCUUUUUCGUUUCAGAAUAAUAUCGACAACAACGUUAUCAAAGAUCAGAGAGAAAUUGGAUUAGAGGGUUUUUCACUUGAGUUCUACUGGGUUUGAAUGUAGUCCUUGACAAUCAUUUAAUGUGGCUAAAACUGUGUUUCAACAUGCCCCAAUCACUGCCCCCAACUCUUUUCAGCCUCCCUGCACUAGCUUUCAAGUGCAGGGAAGCAGUUUGGCAUUGUAGUAGCUUGAACUUGUGGUGGGGUGACAUCUUUCUGUUAAGGUUGUCUCUGGUAUAGUAACCAAUGAGAAAGCAUUGUGUGUGUAUAUACAAAGUUUGAGUACACUGUAUGGAAGUUAAAAAAAAAAAAGAAGAAAAAUGGGGGGUGGGGCUUGCACUGCAUUGUUACCCAUUUGUAAGUAUGCUGUUUGAAAAAACUUCUGCAAGUACUCACUGUAUACUUAACUAUCCUCUUUUAAGUACGGUGUAUCACGGUAUAAUAACCGCUUUGUAAUUUAGUUAGGCCUCUUCAACUUAAUAGUGGGAAAAGAAGCACUUAAGUUAAAAAAAAAAAUGCCAGUUAGAAGUACCUAAAGCCCAAGGAGAUGUCCUCAAGUCCAGAAACAUUCAGUUUCAUAUCCCACAAGACACAGAAAAGCAGCAAGAUCUCACAUUCGAGAAGCCAGAACAAGCUAGAAAAUUGACUGACAGAAAAGUUUUGUAAUUAAUUUUCUCUUAAUCAGCUAAUUGUCACGGCUCAAAGUAAGAAUUCUUUUAAGUGUUAAAGCCUUUAGUUUGAUUACUCUGAUUCACUGUCGGGCUAAAUGACGUCUCUGGUUAUUUGAUGAGCAAUUAAAAUCACUCGAGGUUUCACACUGUAAGGCCCUUCUGCCCUUCUGUCCAUGCAGCUCUCCUUGCACUUUAACAGUAAAUCGUGUUUUGUGUGUAGUCUGUGCCAAGUGAUAGUUUUGCGAUACAACAAUACAAUUACUUAUUUAACAAAGGCAUUUUUGAUCUUUUGAGUAUUGGUAAUGUAAUGGGCAUAUAAUACCAAAAUUGAACUACACCUACUUAUAAAUUACUUGAACUCCUUAGCUGUUUCACUGCUAGCGAUCCACUGUCCUAGUAUUAGUUCACCUAAAAACGUUUCCCUACUUCGACUGUACUUUAAUCCAGUCAUUUGUAUGUAGAAAAAAAAAACAAGAAUAUUAAGGCUUCCGCCCUGCCAAGUUGUAGUUAAAAGCGAUAUUUUCUUUCCACAUGAAAGCCGGUUUAAAGGUCUCAAUUGUAGUAUUCUACAUUUUCUCAUGUUUGUGUUUGAUUGUAGCCCUUUUGUUUAACAGCUAGAUGGCACCAGAGGCACAAUAUGCAUCUUAGGUGACCACCAAAACUCACAUUUUCAUCAGUAUUUCAUCAAAAACACAAGCCACAUUUAAUUUGAAAUGUAUGAUGCAAACAUGUACCUUCUACUUGUAUUUAUGGUGUUUCCAUUGUUCUUCAUGUUUACUGCGUUUGUUGCUAGUCUGAAAAUUAAGUUCCUAUAUGCACAACAUCGAGGGGGAAUGGAUUUUUGCUUGCCUGCACCUUUUAAAUAUCAAAUAAUUUGGGACCUCAUUGCUACCAUAACCAUUUGUCUUAACCGCUAGUACUCAGUUCUGUCAUAGGUGAGCUAUGCAUUGUGAAUCUUGGACCUGUGCAUAUUUGUGUAAUGUAACCUUCAGACAUACUUGUAGACCUGUACAGUUGAAUGUACAGGCUUUUUUUCUGUUCUGUGUCAUUCAUUGAGCCAAAAGAGGACAUGCUCUGUUUAUAGAAAGCUGCAUUAUUACAUGAAUGCAAGUGAAGUUUAGCCUGAUGGAGGAUUGUUGAGCAGGAAGAGUUAGUGCUAUCGUCUCGUUCGAGUGAUACUGUAGCUUUAAAUCAUAAACAAAUAGGGAGCUGACUAUUGUGGGACUCAAGCUGUAUCUUUUUUUUUUUUUUUUGCUAAAAUGAUACUUCCUCUUUGAUUUUGUUUUUAAAUCAUAUCUUUUUCUUAAGAUUCCUAUCACAUGUCAUAAUAUACUGAACAUCCUUUUUACAGCCAUAUUUUCAUUCCAUUGAUUGUGAAGUACACAGGGAAAAUAAUACAUUUUGGAAAAAAGUGGAGAAAAAAAAAACAUUGUAAAUAUCACAUUAAAAAAAAGAGAUCUACUUAAAUUGUACUGUACUUUCUAAACCCAUAUAAAAAUGUAUCUACAGUUUGUAGAUAUGUGUACUUUUGUUUAAAUAAAAUAAUAUAAAACUCA